UCCCAUUAUUAGCCAUAUCCACAUUUUCCGCCAUCUGACUCUAGAAAGUUAAUCUGUGCUUUGUUUAUAAAGCGAUUCAAAGCAAGGAAAGGAACAGCGAAGAUAUCGCACUCAAAGGCGAGCACGACCAGUUUGAAAAUACAUUUCGUUUCAGAUUGAGCUGUGAUGAACGACGAUGAAUAUUCAAGACAAAUGUCCUUUGAUUUUAAAUUAAGCGAUAUAGCUAAACUAGUGCAUCAGAGAUGAGACGUUAUAGCCUACGAUUCUCUCUACGUGUCCAUAUUCUAAAGCAUAGCCCAAUUAAUGUGUGUCCAUAAUACAAAGACCGCUUAAAUUUUUGUGCUUGAUAGAAGGAGGGGAAACGAGGAGGGAGCAACCACACGGAGGGGAAAAGAAGGAGGAGAAUUGGAGACACUGUAGAGAGGAAAUCGUGCUCCUUACUAGCCGACACACGCCGCCAGAACACAUCGAACAGAUUGGGGAGAAAGGAGGCGAUAAGAAAGGAGAGAAGGUGAAAUUCUAACGAGGGAUUUACACAGGUUGGGAUACAGACACUGAUUAUCACGAAGAAAGGACUAACGUCAUUUUGUUAUUCACGUGCAUUUUAAAGACUAACGUUAGCCAUUUUCUUCUGGACAAGGUAUUGUAAUAUAACCCUUGUGAGGUAGCGGAAUGUGUACGCUAGCGAUAGCUAAUUAGCUAGCUUAGAAUUCAGGACUUUGUGCGGGUUUGUUAUCUGGCUGAAACACGUUAUAUGCACUUACAAUCUUGUUCUUCAGCAUAUGAUAGCGCACGUAACGUCAGCUGUUGGUGGUGAGGUUUUUAUAGGAUGUUCCUGACCAUGCUGCUCUUUCCAUGAUUAAACAAUAACACUAGCUGAGCUAGCAUAAAUAAUUAUUUUAUAGAUCAAAGACUUAACGUUAACGUUACCCAAAUGGAUAGCUAGCUGAGGCAAAAGAAAGGUCAGUAACUUAAUAUCUCCCCACUUUUACUUGAGCUUUGGCUCAGAAAAACAGCGACGUUUGGACUACCCACGGACAUAACGCUAUUUAAGGUUACGUUCAGAUUCCUUUAACAACGCCUUCAGACAAUUGCAGCAUUCCUUGCACGUUGUUUUUAUUGCAAGUCCCACCUUGAUUACGCCAGGGCCUAGCUAACUAUAUCGCUAAUUUACCAGGCCUAAAACCAAUCUGUGAUACUGUCAACCAUCAACAUUAGUGCAAUCUCUGACCCCCCCUCUAUUAUUUUUACCAGUUGGCUUAUAUAUUUUUUUCUCGAUUUUGUCCGUGUCUUGGUAUUGUCAGGCGGCACAGAUUUACCUUCUUAACCAUCUAAAAUGUACAUUUAUAUGACAUUAUUGUUUGCCUGACAGUAAAGUGUAACCAAUCUUUAGCUCCCUAUUUAGCCAAUAGUGCACGUUUGGGGAGCAGUCACUAAAUUUAACCAGGCUCCGUAAAACAGGAGUUUUGAUCUUUCUGAGCAGAGGAAACUAAGGUUACUCACAUUCUAGGCAUAGCGCGAGACCCUAUCCUAGAACAGGGUACAACCAAGGGAAGGAGGCAAAGGUAUAAAUAGAUAGCUAACGGAGACAGAGCUGUUCAAUGUUAAUGUCGACUGACGUAGCAUCAAUAAUGUUACCCGUUAAUCGGGGAAUGAUGGACCGAGAAAGGGACAUUGACUCCACGACUGGACCCCUCGCAAACUCUGCCGGAGCUUCAGCAGUGGUCCGAGGAAUGAAACGUGGAGAUCCAGAGCCCGACGCACAGACAGCUGCAGCUUUGACCGAACUGGCCGGGGCGGAAUGCAAGCGGCCGAGGAUAGACGGGACCGGGGGUGUCGGUGACAUUGGGCAGGGAGCUCCAGAGUCUACAGUAGGCCAGGAGGGUCUUGUGCCCCCACCCUUCACUGCCUUCCCCCCACCGCCCCCGCCUCAGAAUGGCCUGGCCCCAGAGUUCGGAGGGGCCCUGUACACCGCCGGACCCUCCGAGCCCGUAGCCGGCACCAACGGCCCUGCCUCGGCACCCAACAAUGUGAGCGCUCCACAGACAGAGGGCUCUUCUCAGGUAGAGGGGGUGGGCCAGUGUGGAGCGGCGAGUGGACCUGGUGUGGUGGCCGGCGUGUCAGGGGCCGACUCAUCCGAGGCCAAGGGAACCCCGAAGCGCCUCCACGUCUCCAACAUCCCCUUCCGCUUCCGCGACCCCGACCUCAGGCAGAUGUUUGGGCAAUUUGGGAAGAUCCUUGACGUUGAGAUCAUUUUCAACGAGAGAGGCUCAAAGGGCUUUGGGUUUGUGACAUUCGAGACGAGCGCAGAUGCUGAAAAGGCUCGUGAAAAGCUUCAUGGCACACUAGUGGAAGGCCGCAAGAUCGAGGUUAACAAUGCCACAGCCAGGGUGAUGACCAACAAAAAGGUUGUCACCCCUUACCCCAACGGAGAGGCACUCGCAACGCUGCCCUAUGCUGCUGGCUGGAAGCUGAGCCCCAUGGUGGCAGGGGGGAUCUACGGACCAGAGCUCUAUGCAGGCUCCAUCUCGAUGCCUGGUUUCCCAUACUCCUCAGCAGCUGCGGCCGCCACCACGGCCGCAGCGUUCCGGGGAGCUCACCUGAGGGGACGUGGUCGACCGGUCUAUAGUGCCGUCCGUGCCGCUGUCCCCCAGCCAGCCAUCCCCGCCUACCCUGGUGUGGUGUAUCAGGAUGGGUUUUAUGGAGCUGCUGACUUAUACGGAGGCUAUGCAGCCUAUCGCUACGCUCAGCCUGCUGCUGUAACCGGGGCAACUGCUGCUGCGGCUGCAGCUGCCUACAGUGACAGUUAUGGUCGGGUAUAUACCACAGACCCCUACCACGCCUUGGCCCCUGCUGCUGCUGCCUAUGGAGUCGGUGCCAUGUCUCUUGCUCACGCGUCCUCUCUGUCUGCUGUCACACAGGCUAGUUUAUACCGGGGUGGAUACAGCAGGUUUGCGCCAUACUAAGAAGAUUGCCC